AUGAUAUCUGAAGCGCCGACAGAUGCGCUCGCCGCGUACGAGCCAUUUGUGCGAUGGCUGCUCUCCACUUCAGCGGACGAGUUGACUUCUCUUCCUGAACAUUUUUUCUCCAGCUUCAAAGCCGCUAUUGAGGCUGAAGGUGAGCUGGAAACAGUUUGGGAUCAGCUUUCUUGUGCACGAAGAGAAUGGUGUAUGCUCGACAUCAAGCUGCUAGCCUUACAGGACGACUGCGAUGAAAACCGCGAGUUUAUUGCACUUCUGGAGAGAAGGAUCAUUAAGCUUCUGCAGGACCGCGAUCUGGCCAUCGCGGAGACGUACACUACUGAAAAACAGAUUCAAGACGCCGAGUUUUUCAAGGCAAAACAGCAACAGCGGCGACAGCAGCAGGAAGAAGAGCAGAGGAAGGCACGUGUUGCCUCAGCUCUUCGCAAGUUUCUGCUCCGCCGAAGCAGCGACGAGAGCGGCAAUACCAGCGGCAACGAAUCCCCGACAGCUGCUUCGUCGCCAAAGUACACUGAAAAGGAUGUUCAGCGGCUCCAGAAGGAGCUGGCAGACUCGAAAGUAGCAGCUGCAGUGGCCAAGGCGGAGCGAGACGAACGACGACACGCCAUACGCAGAGCCGAGCGCCGGUGCGUUGAGCUGAAGCUGGCGCUAGCCCAAGCCCGCGCAGAAGAAGACGAUCUACAAACUUCGAUCAAGCAAUUAUGUCACGCUCGCCGCAACUCCGCGAACCAUUUGCAGCAGAUAUCGCUCUUCUCGGCGGCUGCACUGCCACUGCAGCCUCCGCCAGCGCCCUCAGCAGGUAUGUGGGCGAGCUAG